AUGUUCGUCCAGACCGAAUUCACAAAAUCUAAUAACAAUAAUGACUUAGCUAGACCACGCGAAGUAGUGAGCGACAGCUACGGAGACCAAUUGAGCGACUUGGACCUGAUAUCGCGCUUCUGUUUGCCGAUUUGCUCGCGCGACAACGAGAUCAGGGAGGUGGCCCUGGAGGUCAUCUUCAAGACGGUGGAGGGUUGGUUGGACGGUAUAGGCAGUCCGAAGCACCGCUUGGUGGCCGGAUCAGACCGGCGGAGGCUGCAGAACGGAACGGGGAACGGUUGUGCUUGUUCUGAUCUAGUCGGAAACAGCGUCCAAGAGAUUCCGAAGGAGUACUUGGACUUGGUCUCGUUACACUUACCGAUUAUUUUAAGGUUAUCUUUGAGUUGUCCUUUCAUCAAUGUCAGGGAGAAAUGUCGACAUAUCCUGGAAAUCGUGCAGGCAGUUUCAUUAGAUGGUAUUGUGGGUAAGGUUAAUAAAUUAAUGAAAUAA